AUGCUGGCGGCGGCCACGGGGGACCCGGCGUAUACAGGGGUGGCGGCGGCGGUGGUGGGGGCGCUGCGGAGCUGCCGGGCAGAGUGCGGGUUCACGCGCAUCCUGGACGUGGUGACGGGCAGGCGCGCCGACCUGAUGGAGUCGUACUUUCUGUCAGAGACGGUCAAGUACCUCUACCUCACGUUUGUCGAGGGGGGCCACCUCCUGGCAGACUGGUUCCUGCUCAGCACUGAGGGCCACGUGAUGCCCGUGCUGGCGGGGCCCGAUGACGACCACAGCGCCCAGGGCGGCGGGCGUGAGGCGGGGGGCGGCGGGAACGUCAGCGGCAGCAGCGGCGGCAACAGCAGUAACAGCAGCAGCAGCGGUGUAGACGUGGGGUCGUAUGUGCCGGAUGAGUUGGAGGAGGAGGAGGAGCGCCAGGCCAGGGCCGUGGAGGCCGCUGCGCUGCCCGCGCCGGCCGGGGCUGGGCCGGGGGCGUGCGCGGCGGCGGCGCUGGAGGCCUCGGAGCUGCUGUCAUCGCAGCGCCGCCUGCAGACCGCGCUGCCGCUCCUCGCGCUGCGCGGCCACGCCGCCGACGCGCGCCGCCUGCAGCGGCGCCGCUGCGCGGCCUGCGUCGCGGUCACCGCCGCCGUCGCGGCGCGGCCGGCGCAGCUGGCGGCGGAGCGCGUCGCGCGGCUCAACUUUGGCGGCGCCAUCGGGCCCGGCCUGGCGGCCAACAAGGGCGUGUCGGUGUUGGGCCAGGUGGCGUGCCGGGCCGAGGUGCUGGGCGGGGUGGGCGGCAAGGCGCCUCCGAGGGCGCGGUGCCGCGACGUGCGGGCGCUGCAAGCGGGGGACUCGCUGAUGGCGACAGGGCCCGACGUGGUGGUGCUGCAGUGCCUCAACCACACACGCAGCAACCACGACUCAAACGUCCUCUGA